AUGUCAGCAAAAACGAUUGCACACCCGUCCGAAUCAUCCUCUACCCCAUCCACACCUUCCGCCAAACCAGUCUUCUUCUGGAAGCCGCGCGACGGCCACGGCUACCUCUGCCAAUGGUACUGGUCGAGGUUCACCAUCAACGACGAAACCUAUGUAACCGCCGAGAUGUGGAUGAUGGUGCACAAAGCGCGCUGUUUCGGCGAUGAAAAGAUCGCGAAACAAAUGCUGGAGACUACGAGUCCGAAAGAGCAUAAAGAUCUGGGACGAGAGGUCAAGGGGUUUGAUGAGAAGGUUUGGGAUGAGCGUAUGUACUCCACGUUCUUCGCGGUACUUCUAGAAGAGGAUGCUGACUGGGUGACAGAAAAGCUGGAGAUUGUGAGGCAGGGCAAUUACCAUAAAUUUACGGUUAGCGAGGACGCGGAGAACCUGAGAGGCAUGUUGUUGGCUACUGGAGAGAGGGAAUUGGUGGAGGCGAGUCCGUAUGAUAGGAUUUGGGGCGUGGGCUUUGCGGAGAAGGAUGCAGAGAGGAAUCGGUAUCGGUGGGGACAGAAUCUUCUGGGGAGGGCGUUGAUGAAUGUUAGGGAGAAGUUGAGGGAGGAGGGUUGGAACUGA